AUCAGUUAAUAAAAUGGCGGUCGCUAGCGGGAUGGUGUUGUAAACAUCGUCGUGGUUUCAAGUGUCGGGUCAAGAGACGUGCUGGCUGGGCGGUGUCGGACAGCGGGGCGAGAAGGAAAGAAACGUUUGCAAAGAUGGAGACGGAAGAUGGUGAGAAAGGCGGUGUGUGUGAAAUGACAGAGCUUCGUCUUAAAGUGCAGUCCUUGCAAGAGGAGCUGAAAGAGUGUCAGACGGAAUUGAGCAAGCUCCAGAAGCAGCUGAGUCUCUCGGAGAGGCUGCAGAAGACAACCGAGAGCUUCAAUGAAGACUUGAGGCAGCAGGUUGACCGACUUAGUGCAGAAAUUCACGAGUGGAAAAAGCGGAGCAAGGAAAAAGUUGACACUGAAACUCAAACUGACGAAUAUGUUUGGACGGAAGCUGACUAUUACAACUACUACUAUGGAGGAUACAAUCAGAACACAGAAACAGCUGAAACCCAGGAAGUCCCGUCGCAAGCAGCGGCAGAAGUGGCAGCAGGCACUGCAUUAGAAGCAGAAACGACGACAACAACAACAACAACAACAACAUCAUCAGCAGCAGCAGUGGCUGUAAGUGCUGACGUUGUUGAGGAGAAUGGGACGUCAGAAUAUUCAGCAGAACCUCAAACAACAACAACAACAACAACAACAACAACAGCUGCUGGGGAAUCAGACCAACCUGCCAGCAGUGUGGCUGUGUCAGUGGAGGAGGGUGAUGGUGGCUCUAUUGCUGACAUGCUGAGAGCCACAGCUGAGGAGGCCAUGACACAGACUGGCUUCAUCUUUGAUGAGACAACUGGAAUGUACUAUGACCACAGCACUGGCUUCUACUAUGACUCGGCCAGUCAGCUGUACUAUGAUGCCAACACCGGCUUUUACUACUACUACGAUGCGGAAAGUGGGCGUUACCAGUUUCACUCUAAAAUUGAGGUUCCUGUUGAAGAACAGAAUACAGACAAGGGUUUCGAUAAGAAAAGCUGGAAGUGGAAGAAAGGUGGAAAGAAGGAACUAAGGUCGGAUAAACCGUAUGGCGAGGACGAGGAAUUUGAUUGGGUUGAAAGGCCCUCGCUGAAGAAGAGUGAUGAAAGUCGGAAAUCAAAGCGAAGGUCUCGUAGUCCGGACCUGGAUCGACACGAGCGCGACUCCAAACGGAGGUCAGAAAGAGACAGGUCCUCUUCAAGAAGUAAGAAAUCGAAACACCGCUCGCGUGAUGACAAGGGUGAGCGCAGGUCAAAAAAGAAAAGGAAGAAAUCAAAGAGGAAGAAGCACAAGUCGUCCAGGAGCAGUGACUCGGAGGGGAACAGUGAACCUGAGGAGGGUGAGAUCACUGGCUCUGAACGCGAGGAGCGCGUGUCGUCUCCCUCGCGUUCUCCUAGCCCCCCUCCUGUCGAAAAGCUGGAGUCUGAGAUGGAGACUCAGAUCCAAGCAGAUUUCUGGCCGCCCUGCGUCCGGGUGACUGUGGUCCGGUCUCCUGUGCUGCAGGUCGGCUCCUUGUUCAUCAUCACAGCGGACUCGGCCGCCACCAUCGGCAGGGAGAAGGACAUGGACCAUGCUAUCCGUAUACCAGAAAUGGGCGUCAGCAAGUUCCAUGCGGAGGUUUACUUCGACCAGGAUCAGCAGGGCUACAUGCUGGUGGACCAGGGCAGCCAGAACGGAACGGUCAUCAACGGGAACAGAAUAUUACAGCCCAAAACAAAGUGUGAUCCUCAUGCACUGAUGCACGGCGACGAGGUGAAGAUGGGGGAGACGGUCCUGUCCUUCCACAUCCACACAGGAAACGACACCUGUGACGGCUGCGAACCCGGACAGGUGAUGGCUCACCUCAGCAAGCACAAGAUCAUGAGGGAGGAACCAGCUGGUCCCGCUCUCAACAAAGAGGACAAGGAGGCACUGAGGCAGAAGGAGCUGAAGCAGAUGAAGGCCAAAUAUGGGCUGCAGACCAAGGAGGAGACCAAAAGCUUGAAGAACCCCAAAUACAAGGACCGAGCGGAAUCACGGCGGCAGACAGUGGGCAGCGAAGGAGUUUUCCAGCAGGAUGACGCUCCUGCUUCUGUUCACGUCGAAAUCAGUGAAGUCAAUAAAGGAAGGAAGAUGUUGGAGAAGAUGGGCUGGAAGAAGGGAGAAGGACUUGGCAAAGAAGGCAGCGGGAUGAGAGACCCUAUUCAACUGAAGAUCAGGAAGUCCCAGUCAGGUCUUGGAGCCGCUCCGGCCGUGUCCAUCGAUGAUGCCUCUCUGAACAAAACCAAGUCCCAGAAGAACUGGGACAAGGCUCGCGAGAGGUUUGCGGACGCCUGCCAGCCUGACACGCCGCUUCCUCAACCUCAAAAGAACCAGUCGCCUCAGGCUUGGGUCAAAGUGGAGGAGACCUCCAACAUGGACUGUGACAGUGGAGCCAGUUAGCAUCAGGAGUGUACAUUACUGUAGCAGUCUGGUGUGUUUCCUGUCAUUUGUUUCGUGUGUCAUGCAGAAAGAGUUGAUUGUUUACAGAUUAAAAACAAGGCCGAGGCUAAAUGACGAUUCACCAUCAAGCAAAUAUUGACUGAACCAUGUGGAGACAGCUGAACAGACUCACACGGCACCUGCGCGGCCCGCUGCUCCCAAAUUCCUUGCUGAACAAUAAACUGGAGCUUCAAUCAUAUCCUCGCGCUGGUGGUUUCCUCGUGUGCACACGGGCCAAAGCAAACACGCUGGCCGUUCGUGUUCCGAGUGAUCACUGGUUCAUGUGAAGGGUGUGCGAAUAUUUGCACAGGAGUGCGCACUGACGAAAGGCCACAGUCAGACCGCUGUAAAAAAUGCUGGUCUGAGACACAACACACUAAGAAAUUAAGAUGUAGCAGUAAUAGUAGUAGAGCAGUCAUUACACGCGAUUAUAAUCUCAAUUAAAUGUGUUUUAUGUAAGAA